AAUCUUUCUUUGUCUCCUGGCCGUUGAUGAUGUCCAUCUCUGUCUUCAAAGUUUCUACAGGGCUGCAAGUAGUUAAAUGUAGCUUAGCUUAGCUCCAUUAUUCCCCAACCUAACAUCGUAUACUACUCUACUCAAAGUUCCUGCAUGCUAGCUCUAUAUAUCUAGCAGGCAUCUAGCAGAAGCAAACUUCCUUGACAAGUAAGAGCGAUACUUUGCGUAACUGUGGUGGUUCAAUUUGGAACCGAUGUCUAGCCCAGACGCACACAAUCCAUUACCAGCCGGAAUUCAAUUGAUGGCUGCCAGAAAUGGAGAUUCAAGAGCAACUGCUUACCACGUCAUCAACAUUCUAGAUCUAUCGGAACCCUCGGAACCUUCACGUCGUUUUCUAGAAACCGACAAUAGAGAGCUAUACCUUGAAAUAUGUGUGCCGCUAAAUAAGUAUGCCCUGAAAGGAAAUUGGGAAGCUGCUGAAAGAAUCUUGAGGGAUUCGACGCUUCUGACUUCAUGCAUAACAAGAGGAGGGGACACUGUUCUUCACGUUGCAGCAGGAGCAAGACAAGUUCACUUUGUGGCGAAGCUGGUGGAAAGGAUGAAAGAACAAGACUUGACACUGAAAAACGAUAUCGGAAACACAGCCUUCAGCAUUGCUGCUGCAGCUGGAAGUAUUGAAAUUGCAGGUAUUAUGAUGAAUAAGAAUCCAUGCUUGCCAACAAUUCGAGGCGGCCAAGGAAUGACACCACUCUAUAUGGCAGCCUUGUUGGGACACUCUGUCAUGGCAGAUCACCUGUACUCUCGAACUAAGGAAAUGUUGGACGAAGCCGACCGGCUAGCACUGUUUUUUACUUGUAUUGAUAACAGUUUGUAUGAUCUAGCGAUGAAGAUGCUAAGCAGUGACAAAACAUUAGCCAAGGCUCGAAAUGCGAAAUACGAAACAGCGUUGCAUAUCUUGGCUAGAUUGCCUUCAGAAUUCACAAGCCAAAGUCCAGGAAUGUGGAGUAGACUCAUCAACUCAUUUAUCCCAGGUUGGAAGCUCUCACACAAUAGAAACUUGAAUCAAGUCGAUGAAGCCCUUCAACUGGUUCAAUGCCUUUGGACAGAAAUUUUGAAUAGUGAUCAUAACGAUAUGAUGGCACUAAUCGAGCACCCUUCCAAAUUAGUGUUUGACGCUACAAAAUUGGGAAACUAUGAGUUCCUGGCAGUGCUUAUUAACUCUUAUCCUGAUUUAAUAUGGGAACUUGAUGACAAUAAUCGGAGUAUAAUCCACGUUGCUGUUUUGCAUCGUCAUGAAAGUAUAUUCAAUCUAGUGCAUGAGAUAGGUUCCAUCAAGGAUAUCAUAGUGACAUUUAAUGAUAACAGUGGGAGUAAUAACAUCUUACAUAUGGCUGCAAAAUUAGCACCUCGAAAUCAACUCAACCUUGUAUCAGGCGCAGCUCUUCAAAUGCAGCGAGAGUUGGUGUGGUUUGAGGAAGUAAAAAAGAUUGUACCACCUCCCAGUUUAGAAAUGAAAAACACGAAAGGAAAAACACCGAGGGAAUUAUUCACAAGUGAGCAUAAAGGGUUGUUGCACAAAGGAGAAGCAUGGAUGAAGCACACUGCAAAUUCAUGUAUGAUUGUUGCGGCUCUUAUUGCGACUGUUGUGUUUUCAGCUGCUUUUAGUUUGCCUGGCGGUACAUCGGAGAAUACAGGAGAGCCAAAGUUUCUAAAAGAGACUGCCUUCCUAUUCUUUGCCAUAUCAGAUGGAGUAGCACUCGUUUCCUCUUCAACUUCGAUACUAAUGUUCUUGUUCAUCCUCACAUCCCGUUAUACUGAAGGUGAUUUCCUCAAAUCAUUACCGUUGAAGUUGAUGAUAGGACUCACGUCACUAUUCAUCUCCAUAGCAUCCAUGAUGGUAGCGUUUAGCACAACCUUCUAUCUAGACUGUCACUAUGGAUUAGGAUGGGUGCCGAAUCUUAUAUUUGUAUUUGCGUUCGUUCCCGUUGCGUUGUUUGCUUUUCUGCAAUUUCCGCUCUUGUCUGAUAUGUUUUCUUCAACAUAUUGUUCAAGUCUUUUAUUUCAGCCAUGGAAACAUAUGAUCGACUAGAAAGUCGAUGAUGUAUUGUUGUACAUAUAAUAGAGAAAUGGAGUUGUUUUAUUUGUGCA